AUGGAUUACAAUCGUGGAAAACUACCCAACUAUAUGGCCUCCCAAUGGUCCCACAUAGUCGCCAAUUACUCUCCCGAAAACAUUGAGCUGCUCGGUACAUUCGCUGUGCACUUCGUCUUUUACUGGUUAGGUUCACUUGUCUUCGCUCUCGCCGACCUCUAUGCUCCUUCCUCUAUUCUGGAGAAACACAAGAUCCAGUCCAUCUCCAAGCAGCCUUCCCGGAAGGUUAUGCUCCAGUGCAUCCCCAGUGUCCUUGAAAACCAGAUCCUGACAACAGCCUUGCAUUCGCUCAAACUCAUCGCCCUCCGCAGUAUCACUGGCCGAUUUGCCGGCUACCGCAUUGAGCCUCCAUUGCCAUCACUGCUCGAGCUUAUAACUGAUGUACCCCUCUGCUUCAUCGGCCGGGACUUUGUCUCCUACUAUAACCACCGCAUUCUCCACCUGCCUUGGUUCUACCGACGCUUCCACAAGGAGCACCACAAGUUUACGGCACCGGUGGCUGUGGCAGCGGAACACACACAUCCUCUGGACCAUAUCCUCAUAAAUGUUCUGCCGGUUGUGGUACCGGCAACCCUGUUCCGAGUACAUCUUGUAACGUUUUGGUUGUUGAUGUCGUCAACAAUUCUACAGGGGUCUAUGGGACAUUCGGGGUGGCAUGUGCGGAGUCUGUUUGGCCGGGACACUACUACCCACGAUGCACACCAUGAGUUGUUUGAUGUCAAUUAUGGGACGUUAGGGUUGAUGGAUUGGCUGCACGGGACAAACUAUACAGGAAAGCACAGGAAUAAAAGCAAAAGGAAGGCGCAUUAA